CGAGCCCUAAGUCUUGGCGUGUCUCCGCAACUUGGGACCCAUCCAACUUUUCUUACCCGCAGUCCAUCACGACGGCCGCCUUGAGACUCUUGCAAUCGACGACGACCGACCGAUCGACCCGAUAUCGACAAUCGCCAAAAUGUCUGCCCCUCAGCUCAACAAGAUCGCGGCCAACAGCCCCUCUCGCCAGAACCCUUCUGAGCUUGAGACCGCCGUCGCUGGCGCCCUCUACGACCUUGAGUCCAACACUGCCGACCUCAAGGCUGCUCUCCGCCCUCUGCAGUUCGUCUCUGCCCGCGAGAUCGAGGUUGGCCACGGCAAGAAGGCUAUUGUCAUCUUUGUCCCCGUCCCUUCCCUGCAGGGCUUCCACCGCGUCCAGCAGCGUCUCACCCGUGAGCUCGAGAAGAAGUUCUCUGACCGCCACGUCCUGAUCGUCGCUUCUCGCCGUAUCCUCCCCCGCCCCAAGCGCUCCAGCCGCUCCCGCAACACCCUCAAGCAGAAGCGUCCCCGUUCGCGCACCCUCACUGCCGUCCACGACGCCAUCCUCACCGACCUCGUCUACCCCGUCGAGAUCGUUGGCAAGCGUCUCCGUGUCAAGGAGGACGGCUCCAAGACCCUCAAGGUUAUCCUUGACGAGAAGGAGCGCGGCUCCGUCGACUACCGCCUCGACACCUACUCCGCUGUCUACCGCCGCCUCACUGGCAAGAACGUCCUCUUCGAGUUCCCCCUUGUCUCCGCUGAGUACUAAACGGUGCACGCAAUGGGCGUUUGAGUGUCUGGGCUGGAGCACUCCAAGGGUGAUUAUUGGGUUAGGGCUCAGAUGAUAUUCGGGUUCGGUUCUCUUGCAAUGCAUGCCUGGCAGUACAAAAGGAACGGCGUCUAGCUAGCUUGUCUCUGGAAAAAGGGCAGGCAUGGGUUUCCCCCUACUACCUGUUAUCCCUUGUGUUGUGCACCAUCAAUGCCAACAUUCAAAUACUACUGCGUUAUGGAUUGUGGGAUACAUCUUGUCCAUAUUAGCGAUCAUGUGCUCGUCGCGUGUGUCCCUCGCCUUUUGUGUUUGUCCUGCAAUUUCUAUGGUCAUUACAUGCUUUUGAACGCCGUCAUACAUAUCAUAACCUUGAACCGUGCCUUCAAUCGUAAACAUCAUUACUUGACUCUCUUACCCCCUUAAAGGCAAUAACUCAUUUUAUCAUGACCGCUCACAGAUCCCGUCUCACAACGUCCUUGCAACCCUCCCCAACCCCAGCACACACCAAUAAGCCAACUCCCUCUUCUCCUUUCCACCAUCCUUAUUUCCCCCCUUUGUGCUACUCAACCCAGGCAUGAUCUCAUCCUCUGGUGCCUCCGCCUCCCACUCGAUCCUGACAAACAUGGGUAUCUCCAGCACAUCUUCAUCCUCCUUGAUCGGUCCCCUUCCAUCCCUCUUGGCCGUCUGCACCAGACUGGCGGGUAUCACCUCAAUCACAAUACUCGUCCAGUUUCUUCCCCUCUCCCACACCUUGCCUACUUCCGGUCCCAACUCCUCCCCCGCCAGACUUGCGCCCCCCGCCGUGCCCGGCCGCAAAGUGCCUGCGCGUUUACGACCACCUGGGCCUGAACCUUCGGGCCCUGUGGAGCUGGAGAGGUUUUGAGCUUGAGAAGAGGAAGAUGUGGCGUUGUUAUCUUUGAGCGCUUCCUCCCAGACGUCCGUGUUGGAGUCUAUUUCGAAUUGAGGACAGAGAAUGGUGACUUUGGCAGGGAAUCUGCCGGGGGUGGUGGCUGGUGUGGCCAAGGUAACUCGCACCGAUUCGAAAAUGGGGUUCUUGAAGGUGAGCACGAACUGGGCCGGCUUCAGAGGUUCGAUGGUAUCCGGUGGUAGGUUCGGCAUUGGUGGCGGGGUCAGGCCGGGGAUGAUCAGCUGCUUGAUGGUGAUGGUCGGAAUGUAGUUACCCGCUAUCAAACGAAUGCGGAAGCGUGUCGUGGUCACUUUGCUCUCGGGCUUGCUGAUGAUGUGGCGGCACUGCGGGCAGCGCUUGGAACGCUUCGUGCGCAGGAGGUAGGGGAUCGGACGCAGCGACGAGGUGAAGCG